AUGAAGACGAGCGGGGAUGAGGGUUCGACCUAUUUCUGGACCAGGACGAAAAUGUUCGGAACGCUGAAGAACUAUCAGGAGAUGCGGCAGAGCUUGUGGGCGUACAACAUGGAGUACAUGCACCAUGAGCAACCCCCCGUGUACUUUGGAGAAUGGGAGGCCAGCUGGGGAGCAGAUCCUCUUGCACUUGGCAAUGACCAGGACGCUGACAGCAACCCCCCUGAGUGCCCUUCAAUGCUGUGCUAA